AUAUCAUACAGGCAGACCAUCUAACCCAACGGUUGUGAUGAGUGGGGGAAUAGGUUUGAUAUUUACAAUUGUGAACUUGGGAUUUGGUACUGAGGAUUAUUAGGAUUUAUAAAGUUGCUGAUCAUGAUUAGGUGGGCAAAAAGGGAUCCCAAAUGUAUCUCGCUUUCACUAUGUAUCUUCUCGUUUGUGUCUUGUAUAUAUCUCUUGACCCCUUCAAAGCCUACAAUCAUCACUUCACAAGUCCUGUGCGCCACAAAGGUCAGUCCUCUGUAGUAUGUGGAUGUGGAUGAUAAGGAGAAGAGUAGAGGUCACCUGCAACUAGGAAUUAUGAAGCUCAGGUAAGGCUGUGAAAAGUUGUUUCUUGUUCCAAUUUCGAUCCUCUUUGUGGGUUUUCUUUUCCCCUUUUGCCUUCUUGUUGUUGGGUUUUGGUUCCAAGGAGAAACCAAGCUGGCUAGAGAGGACCAUCUCUGAUUGAGAAGCUGGAAUCGUGCAGCAAACGGUCCCUUAUUCGGAUAGCAAAUUACCAUUUCUUUUUCCCUUAUCCUAGAGACAAAGAAGAUGCUCUUUCUGUGUCCCUUUCUAGUUGGAAUCUCGACAACAUUACUGUAAGUCUGUAACUCGAAAGAACAGCCUUCGUCUUUUGCCAUAAUUGAAUCAAUAAGAGCGUAAGAGCAGAAAACAUAGGCCUGCACUUUUCCCUUUUUUUGCUUCUCUGCAGCUACUUCCUCUCUUGGGUAACUCCCUUUAAGUUUUCCAAGCCGUUAGUGGUUAGAUUAACCCUUCUGCUAUAGCCCCCCGAGUAAGCUCAGCUGGGUUUGUGAAGUUGUGGAGUGCGGAACCACUGAACCAAGCUAGAAAAUGGUGAAUCCGAUUCUUCAUCAUCUUCAUCAUCAUCAUCAUCGCCUCCUGCUCGAUACGCCGGAGCCGAGCACCAUGUCAAAUGGGAACAGUACUCAUGAGGCUUAUGUGAACGAGACCAACUUCGACACCAACAUGGUGAUCAUCCUAGCAGCCUUGCUAUGUGCUCUAAUAGGAGCACUUGGGCUCAACUCAAUCGUGCGCUGCGCCAUGCGCUGCAGCAGAAGGCUCUCCCCGGAGUCCCAGGGGCAAGCUGCUACUGGCCUCAAGAAGCGUGCUCUGCGCCAAAUUCCGGUAGCAGUUUAUGGGCCCGGAGUGGAGAUUCCGGCCACUGAAUGCCCAAUUUGCCUGGGCGAGUUUGUGCAGGGGGAGAAGGUUAGGGUGUUGCCCAAAUGCAAUCAUGGGUUCCAUGUGAGGUGCAUAGACACAUGGCUGGUGUCACACUCAUCCUGCCCAAAUUGUCGCCACUCAUUGCUUGAGCGCCCAACAACUUCAGACGCAGCUGGUGAGGUUGCCCCGGAACAGCCACAGCCAAAUGGGUCCACCCACCAAGGUAGCAUUGUCAUUGCUGUCCAUGAGACAAGUUAAUAAUGCUGGCCUUAAAAUUAAGCCUACUAGGCUACAUCUUUUGUUUCACCAGUACUGAACUACCCCAGAUUGCAAAUGCUAAAAGUUGUUUUUCAGAUGAUUCAAAAUCAUAGUAGACAUCAAACCAACAUGCUUCUGUUAUGGGCUUAUCCACAUUUCUCUUCAUUUCUAAACAAAUGGAUCAAUACUAGAGGAGAAGUUUCCGUGA